UUGAUUUUGCUGUGAGCAGUGAGUAUGCGCUAAACGACCGCAGACGAUGAACUGCCGUCCCAGUAUUUUGGCCCACAUGCCCUGCCGUAGUUGUAAAGAUGGCGGCCGCGGCGCUGGUUAGCCGUCCUGCGAGUGCCCUUCCGAGGAUUUCAAGUAGCUGCUGCCCUGCUGUUCUGUCAGCUGCCUCGGCCUCCACAGUCCAGCAGAGGAAGCUGCACCAUGCAGUCAUCCCCAAAGGGAAAGGAGGACGCUCCUCCUCUAGUGGAAUAGCAGCAACUGUGUUUGGUGCCACAGGUUUUCUGGGUCGAUAUGUAGUCAACAGGCUGGGUCGCAUUGGCUCUCAGAUCAUCAUCCCUCACCGCAGUGAUCAGUAUGACAUCAUGUACCUGAGGCCCAUGGGUGAUCUUGGGCAAAUCCUAUUCAUGGAGUGGGAUGCCAGGGACAAAGACUCCAUCAAACGGGCGCUGGAGCACUCCAACGUUGUCAUCAAUCUUGUGGGUAGAGAGUGGGAGACAAGGAACUAUCACUUUGAGGAUGUCUUUGUGACCAUUCCUCAGCAGAUUGCCAAGGCAGCCAGAGAGGCUGGCAUCACAAAGUUCAUCCACAUGUCUCACCUCAACGCUGAUAUCCGCAGCCCAUCCAAAUACCUGAGGAACAAGUUUGUGGGUGAGUCAGCUGUGAGGGAUGAGUUUCCUGAAGCCAUCAUCAUGAAGCCCUCGGAGGUCUUUGGGAGGGAAGACAGAUUCUUCAACUAUUACGCAAACAUGCGCUGGUUUGGGAAUGCUAUUCCACUCAUGGGCUUGGGGAAGGAGACUGUAAAGCAGCCUGUUUAUGUGGUGGAUGUGGCCAAGGCCAUUAUCAAUGCCAUCAGAGAUCCUGAUGCCAAUGGAAAGACAUACGCAUUAGUUGGUCCCAACCGUUACCUCCUUCACGACCUGGUCGAGUACAUCUAUGCUGUGGCACACAGAUCUUUUGUGCCCUACCCACUACCCCGCCCACUCUAUCACAUGGCUGCUCAGUUUUUUGCAUUGAACCCGUUUGAGCCCUGGACAUCUCCUGACAAAAUUGAACGGUUUCACCUCACAGACAAGAAGUACCCUGGACUUCCUGGUCUGGAGGACCUCGGCAUUACUCCGACCUCUGUAGAACAAAAAGCGAUUGAGGUUCUGCGCCGCCACCGCCGUUUCCGAUACCUGGAGGCCGACCUUGAUGAGACAAAGCCAGCAAAAACGGUCAAUUAUUAACCCCAAACAACUUCCCAUCAUCACUUUGAAAACCAGAGGAUGUCUGUAUGUCUGACUGCUCUCUAACUAUAUUCUGUAAAUAAAUAAAUAAAAAACUAUCCUCUAA